CACCUGUAACUGAUUAUCAUAAUACAUGUCCAUACACAAAUACACUAUAUGGCCAAAAGUACGUGGAUACAUGCUCAUCAAACUUUUCAUUCGAAAAUCAUGGCCGUUAAUAUGGAGUUGGUCCACUUUUGCUGCUAUAACAGCCUCCACUCUUCUGGGAAAGCUUUCCACCAAAUAUUGGAACAUUGCUGUGUGGACUUGCUUCUAUUCAGCCACAUGAUCAUUAGUGAGGUCAGGGCCUGGCGUUUAGGCCUGGCUCGCUGUCGGCUUUCCAAUUCAUCCCAAAGGUGUUCGAUGGGGUUGAGGCAGGGCUCUGUGCAGGCCAGUCAAGUUCUUUCACACCGAUCUCGACAAACCACUUCUGUAUGGACCUCACUACAUAAUGUCGCCAGCACCAGCCUAAAGUUGCAUCCUUCCCUCCCUCCCUCGGGUAAAAAGUUUUUAGGUGACCUGUUUAACGAUGGGAAGAUCUGCUGGGUGGAGACGGGGCAGACCUUCAACUCUCCCAGUGCCUGGGCCACACACUGCAAACGCCUGGUCAACCCUGCUAAGAAGUCGGGCUGUGGGUGGGCCUCAGUGCGCUACAGGGGCCAGAAACGAGUGCAGUACAAGACCAGCUGGCUGCACAAGUACCAGCCCAGCGCAGACAUGAGCUUAGUGAGCGAGGUAGAAGAUGACGCGAUGGGAGAUGAGGAAGAGGGAAAGACGGCAUUGCCAACAGGUGACAAGAGCAGGAAGAACAAACCUGAGCUGCAUGAUAUCAGCCUUGUGCCCAGGGGAGGAGACAGAGAGAUCAUCCCCAUCAGAUACAGCACUCUGGGUACCAGGAUUGCAAGGGGUCCACACACGUUGGUGGGAUUAUCAGCUUUCUCAGCCAUCAAGAGAUUCCAGCCUUUCAAUGUGCUGUAUGCAGCAACGUGAUGCUCAUGGAUUUCCACUGUCACCUGACCACCAGUGAGGUGGUGGGCUACCUUGGAGGACGAUAGGACACUAACACACAACAUGAGUAUUUCCUUUAAAAGCAGAGACAGUGAGCAAUGUCAGAAGUAUGACAUUGCAUUCCCCAGGCUCUGGCAUUACAGUAAUGAUCUUCAACAUGUAUGACCUCUGUUGUUGUGCUUUUUUGCUUACAGUUUAAGAGCAUUUCCCUGUCGCAAAUAGAGAUUGGGCCUUUGCUGUUGAGGAAGAGCAAAGCCCCAAUGACCAUGGCAUCCCUGUGGUGGUGGUGGUGGUGACCUAUGUACAAGAUAACUUCCUGACCAGUGACAUCCUGAAUGAGAUGAUGCUGCUGGUGGACUUCUACAGGGCAGCUCCUGACCUGGUACAGUUCCAUCAGUUCUGGUGUCCUGAUACCACCAUGAUGGACAAAAUCAAGGGCUCUCUGAGAGGCCACACACCCAAAGACCAGACCUACUCUCAGAUCCUGGAGCUCAUCUACAACCAAGUCAUCAACACACACUAAGGUGGAAGAGAAACAAGCUUGUGUAUAAUGCAUUGAUCUCAAAUGAAAAUCUCUAAAUGACAUCCUAUUCCCCAUACUGUAGUGCACUACGUUUGUAGGGAAUAGGGUCUACACAGAAAAUAGGUUGUCAUUUCUGUCCUUUGUCUGUGGUCUUACAACUGCUGCCAUGGCCUCAGGCAUACUGUAAGCUGAAUGUGCACUGGCCUGAAGGAGGAGAUGGUGACUCCAGAGUCCGGAGGGUGAGUGUACUGGUCUUCAUGGCCUUUUCUGACUGUGAGGUCUGUAUAACUGACAAUGUUUGUACAGUAUAACGUGAUGAUUUGUGUGCUGUGAAUGUGUUCCCUAGCGUCUGCUGCCAGUGCUUGGCAUCAGACUGUUGUUACAGAAGUCGACAUGGAAAUAAGGGUCUUCCUCUUCUCUAUUUCCUGUGAUAUAUUUAUCCAAACUGUGGUCUGUGACAUGUGGAAGUACUGAUAUGAGAACAAUGCCUUGAACCUGCUAAAUACACAGAACAGGAUGGCACACUGACAUGGCAGCUCUGCUUCAAGCUCCUAAGCAACUUUGCAGCACAAGCAUUUCGCUUCACCCGCAAUAACAUCUGCUAAAUAUGUGUAUGUGACCAAUACAAUUAGAUUAAAAACACAUAGUGGAACUACUUCUGUGUUUCUGUAAUAGUAGUAGAUUCUUGUUUUUUUGCAGUCAUUAACCAUGUUUCCAUCUACAGUUUUAUGCUAGUGAAGUCAUAUGAACAAAAAUCACUACAGCUGUGAUGGAAACAGGAAGUUUUAGUACAAUUUAAUAAAUGCAGACAAAUAAUUUGUUCGUUUUACAUGG